GCCAGCGAGCUGCCAACAGGGCUAGUUGUUCUUCACCAAAACAUAAACAAUCAAAAUUGAGUUUAUUACUUAUGAAUUCUUAUUUGAGGUUCGAUUUGAGCAGAAUAAUAUCAUAGUAUCAGGAUGAGUCUAAUAUGGGCAGUUUUGUAUUUGAAGGUGAAGAGCUUGUGAUACCAGAGUGCAAAUAUGAAUAUUUGGAUCACACAGCUGACGUUCAGUUACACGCUUGGGGAGAUACUUUAAAAGAAGCUUUUGAGCAAUGUGCUGUUGCCAUGUUUGGUUAUAUGACAGAAUUGGAGUAUGUUGAAGUUAAGGAAACACAUAUAAUUGAAUCGGAAGGAACCGAUGAUUUAAUUUCAUUGUUAUAUCACUUUUUAGAUGAAUUUUUAUUUCUGUUUUCAGCUGAACCAUAUUUUGUACCUAAAUUUAUAAGGAUAUUAGAGUUCGACAGAGAGAAUCUUAAAAUAAAAGCUCAAGGUUUUGGAGAGACAUUCAUGAUCGGUAAGCACCCUCAAGGAGCUGAAGUUAAGGCUAUUACUUAUUCAGCAAUGCAAAUUCAUGAAAAGGAAGAGCAUAGUGAUGUCUUUGUUAUUGUUGAUAUUUAAUAUAUACUGUUGAUUAUAU